ACCACCACCACUCCUGCUACCACCGCUGCUGCUGCUGCUGCUGCCCCUCUGUCAGCUCUGACGGCCAUGUCGGCCAUUUCAGCGCCCCCUGCUCCUCCGUCGGCCCCACUGGGGCCUCCCCCUCCCCCUCCUCCGCCACCUCCCCCUCCUCCGCCUCUGCUGUCUUCGCCGCCCUUCUCCUCGUCCGCGCCCGCGUCGGCGCUCUCCAGCCUGGAGUGCAAGCGGCGGCAGCGGCUGCGCAAGCUCAACUGGGAGCGGAUCCCGCGGGAGCGCGUGGAGGGCCGCCAGAGCGUGUGGAGCGGGCCGGCCGCCGUGCGCGACGAGGAGGACUUCGCGCUGGACCUGCGCUCGCUGGACGAGCUGUUCGGCCAGAAGGAGGCGCGCGCCACCGAGCGCUCCGGAAGCUUCCGUCGGAGCCUGCUGCGCUGCCGAUCGCCACAGGAGACCAGCCUCGACAAGGUGACACUCCUGGACUCUAAACGGAGCAUGAACGUGGGGAUUUUCCUGCGGCAGUUUAAAACUGCUGCCACGGAGAUUGUGGAUGACAUCAGACAAGGGGCCGGCGGUCGCUAUGGUGCUGAGAAACUGUCCGAACUCCUCAAGCUGUUGCCUGACAGUGAUGAGGAGACCCGUCUGAAGAAGUUCAGUGGGGAGCACAGUUCUCUGGGGGAGCCGGACCUCUUCAUGCUGCUGUUGGUGGAGGUGCCCAGUUUUCGUCUGCGUCUCGACGCCAUGAUUCUGCAGCAGGAGUUUGACCCUACCGUGACCUCUCUCUGUGUGGCGGCCAGAUGUCUGGAGGAGGCGGCCAGAGAGCUGCUGAGCUGCCCGGAGUUGCACUCGAUCCUGAGGCUGGUGCUGAAGGCAGGGAACUACAUGAACGCUGGCGGCUACGCCGGUAAUGCCGCUGGAUUCCGCAUCGCUUCGCUGCUGAAGCUGGCCGACACCAAAGCCAACAAGCCAGGCAUGAACCUGCUCCACUUUGUCGCCAUGGAAGCUGUGAAGAAGGAUGAGGGCUUGUUGUCCUUUCCCGACCGUCUCUCCCACUUGGCCUCCGCCUCAAGGCUGUCGGAGGAGUCCGUGCUGGAAGACCUCUCUCGACUCCAAAGCAGGGUGGCAUCACUCUCCCUCAGCGCCCAGAGCCAGCCCGAAAUCCAGCAACACAUGCAGCAAUUCCUCGAGGUGGCGGAGGUGCGUCUGCAGGAGGCCGAGGAGGAGGUGCAGGCCUUGCGGCUGAGCAGCCAGGCCCUGGUGGAGUUCCUCUGUGAGGACGAGACCCUCUUCAAACUGGAGGAGGCCUGCCGCAUCUUCCACUGUUUCUGCCACCGCUUCCAAAGAGCUGUGCGGGAGAAUGCUGAGCGUGAGCAGGCGGAGCAGAGGCGCGUGGAGCGCGAGCGCGAAGGCUCGGAGCGUCGGCGUUCCCUGGCGCUGUGCUCCUCCUCCUCCUCCUUCUCCUUCUCGGGAGACUCGGUGGCCUCGGGCGAGGGCUCGGCGGCGGACGACCUGGAGCGCACGCUGGAGCGCAGCCUGAGCCGCAGCGGCAGCGCCCGGAGCCGACGCAGCCUCCGGAACUCCGCCGACGGGCGCCGCCACUCGCAGUUCGCCCACCCGGGCGACGCGCUCGAAAGAGACGCCCCGCACACGCCCUCGCCCACGGCCACGUUCGAGAGCGCCACGAUGAGUCCCGUGAUGAGCAGGCGAACGGGGAACGUAUACAACACUGUUAUGCAAUACAUGCUGUCCUCAUCAUCAUCUCAUUCCGUGACUUCGCCCUCUACGCUGCACGCAGAUGGCACGGCAACCGGGCCUACGUUAACACACACGUUAACUCACGCGGCGACAGACCUCGAACACACACUAAACGCGCGUUCCAGAGUGAAUCAACACACACUGAACGCUGACGCACACAGGACGCUGCGUACAGAUGACGCACAGACACAGCAGCUGCAGGCUGCCGCUGGCCAGAGCCCAGUUAGUCACAUGACCACUACGUGCACGAAGGUCUCGAACAGUCCCAGUCGGCUUCGAGGACCUGUGAACUCUCUAGAAAGCGCCUCGGUGAACCUAUCCCACAAUCCCCUGGGACUGUCUGUGGAUCACUCUGGCGUGAUUGGACCUACUCUCAGUAACAGCCCCUCCCCUCUCAGUGCCUUACCCUGUCCCCCAGUGACCAGGCCACUUCAGGAAGUCCCAGGUGGCGCUGCGAGUAAGGCGCCCGGUAAGGUGGCCGCAUCGAGACCCGGCAGCGUCCGAGUGCCCGGCGUUGGCGUGCCCGAGCGUGAACCCCGGGCGCCGGUGCCCUCCGAGACUGCAGCCGUCGCACCGUCGUCUCCCGACAGGCCUCGGCCCGUCGUCGCCUCGCCCGCCCGGGAGACCCGCGUGCCCUCCACUCCCUCGCGCCCUCGCCCGGCGUUGGCGGACGAGGCCGAGCGCGCCGCGUACCCGCGCGUGGGCGAGACCCUGGAGUGCCACCUGCUGGUGCGCGGGCUCCGCUCGUACGACACCCUGGGCAACCCGGCUCCAGCGUCCUCCCCGUCGCCAUCGCCGACGUCCCCCCUGCCCCGCCCGGCGCCCAGCCACUGCUCCAAGUGGAAGAAGGAGAGGGAGGCCGAGGAGCGGGAGCGGGAGCGGGACGGCGCGCUCUCCCCGUCCUCCUCGUCCGUCUCCUCCGUUGCCCACGCGAAAGACGACCCGCAGGGCGGCAAGACGGCGGCGGGCACGGCCCGCGGGCCCAAGAGGGGGUCAUCCGCGCUGCGCUUGGCGCCUCCUAGCAGUUCCGCCAGCCCGCGCGUUCGCGCCAAACCCGGGCCGGCUCCCUCGGACUCCCCGGCGCCCUCCCGCGCCUCCCGCCUCACCCCGCCGCGCACCUCCUCCCUGCGCGCCUCCCCCAUCACGCGCCCCACGGCCGCCCCCGGCCAGAUCCGUCGGCACGGCAGCGCCAAGGAAACCGGCAGCCCCGCCGCGGGACAGCCCGCCCGCCGCGCGCCCGAGAGGGCCCCAGACAGAGACCACCCGCCGGCGGGCGAGAGGGAGAAACCCGCCGUCGCCGCCACCGCUGGGCGCGAGUCGUUCGUCCGCGGCUCCCCGUUGCGGGUGUCCAAGCGCGUGGCGCCUCACGGCGAGGCCACGGCGGCGACGCAGGCGCGCGGCGGCGCCCACAGCCCCUCGUCCUCCUCCAGCACGCCCAAGAACAUCCGCACCACCGUCAUCACCGCCGCCCGCGCCAAGACCACCAAAACGGACACGUCCGUGCCCAAGGCCAACGCCGCUGCCGGCACGCGCGUCCCUGGAUCCAAGAUGGCCCGUGCCGCGCCCACGUGGAAGUAAAAAAUACAACGACGCACGAGUGAUACAUUUAUACCUUCAGAUGCACCUGCACGUUCAACCGUAUUAUGUGCCUGUGCAGGCGAUUUAGGGAUUGUCAACAGGACAUUGUGCAUGUUUUCGUAUGACAGUUGGAGCACAUUCAUAUUCAAUUGCCUCUCUUGCCUUUCUUGCCUCUUCUCUCUUUGUCCGACAUUUUUCUCCUGGACAGUCAAUGUUUCUGGAGUAAGUCCGAGUUAGAUAUCCUAGCUUUUUAUCUUUGUCUGCGUAGUCUGUUGAAACUGAAGAGAACUGGUGUGAUAAGUUCUACCUCCACAACGCUUGGGUUCUUUCUUUGGGGAGAUUUCAGUAGGGCUUCUCCUGUAAGGGGGCUGCUACUCUACCAUACAGUUUACUCCAGAGGAAUCAACUGCCAUAUUUAAAUUUUCAAUAUUUUGUUUUUCAAAUAUGUCUCUGUUACCAGUUAUACAGGUUCAUCAUGAAAGACACGAUUUUCACAUUCAACAAGUGACCAAAUAGGUUGCUUAAUUGCGUCUGCAUAUGUUUUGUUUUUCUUUCUUAAGUUUGUAUCCGUGGCUGAAUAUCAAUGGGCAAGCUGUUACUGUCGUGUUUAUAUGUCAGCUCUGGUCAUGUGUCUUGCAUGUAUUUCACCCUGUGUGUAUGUGUGUGUAUAUUUGUGAACUUGAUCAAAGUGAGCCAUUGCACAUCAGCAGCUAGGUACAAAAAAAAAAGACAACAUUUAUUAUUGAGAAGAAAGAAAUGUGGAGGGAUUUCUCUCAAUGCAAUUCUUAGUGUGUAUGUGUGUGUGUGUUUUUCUUUCCAAAGCAGCUUAAUCUAUGGGAGACUUUUUCCCUGUGGCCUGGUACAGCUUGAUGCCCCGGCCAGCUGGUACUCUAUUGGUCACUGUGGGUCGGUCAAAAUGGCCGUCCUUUGUUGCACUUUACAAACUAAAGAGAGAUGGGUGUUUGGGGACGAAUGGGCGACUUCUUUAAAAUAAUCUGCUGUAUGGUUGUAGUGUUUUUUUGUCAAAGAAGAAAGACUUGAGUGUCAUAUUUGUAAUGUAAUCUUAAGAAUAUGAACUCCUAUUGUAAUAUUUGUAUUCCUUUGUAAAUAAGAGAAAAUAAAAUGAAGAUGGCUGUUGACA